AGAGCCAUUGAUUACAGCUUGAAAAUUUAGUUUAAAUUAUUUUGUGGUUAAAGUAUUUAUUUGAUCAGCAUACUUGUUGAAGACUCAAAAUUCAAGGUUUAAGACAUGGAACUUGUUUUAGAACAAGCAUGUUUUAAUUCUGGGCUUCAAUUGGUUUUGUACAUUUGAUCCUUGGACUUGACUCGAGACCUUAACCUUUAUGAAUCAGUUUUUACUGACUUGACCAAACUUGCAGAUUUUGACUCGGGAUUUGACUCAAGACUUGUUUGUUUUCUCCUUGAAUUCACAUGUUUAGACUUGAAACUGGAAUCGGAACAUGCACAUUUUAAACUGGGACUACGGUUGCCCAUAAAGUAGGGAAUCUUUCUUUAUUUGGCAGUUAAAUACUUUGUUCUGUAUUUUCAUAAAUGCCCAAUACCCAUGUCUGUCACACACACACACACAUUAACACCAAAUCUAACAAUGAUAAAACAGGGAUCUACACAGGACUCCUUUGGCCCGCUCCAGACAGGUGCUGCCUGCUUGGCUUCGCGUUUGCCUGGAGACUGUGCGUGUGGUAAAAGUGAUGAUUUGUGGCAACAAUGGCUUGCUAUACUCUACCACUUCCUCAGAAAUGAAAAAGCCUGCAAAAGUACAGACAUCAAUGGGAAGAGAUUUCAUAAAUUUUUUUCUUAGUGUGGUUUAACUGUUUGGAAGAUCUGACUUCCUUUCAGGUCAUAAGACAGAAUCUGGGGCCACCAACAAAAUCCUUGAUUUUAUGGACAAUGCUGAUGAGAAUGCUACUGGUAUUGUAGCUGUCAUAGAGCCGCCGCUUGACAAAAUCAGCUCACUGUAGAUGUGGAAAAUGUUGUGUGGAAGGUCUAGCGCUUUUUUUCCACAUCUGCCAAAUGAAGAGAAUUACUUGAAGAGUUUUGUAGGUUUUGUAAUGUGAAGUUCCAGGAAAUUAUGACAUGUAACAACUAAGUGACUGUCCCCUAACCCUGCCAUCACCCGACUAAUGCAAACCUGGACUGCAGUGAAGUCUUACUUCAUCAUUCAGGGGGAGGAGUGUCUCAAACAAGCUCAAGCUUUGUUAAAACUCAGUAAGGACUCAACUGAGGAAGAUGGAGACAUUGUGGAGGUUUACCUUCUCUUCUCCAAUAAUAUCCCCUCUCUUUGAAGAAGUUGUAAAGAAGCUAGACAGUAAUGACCCACUUGUGCUGAGUAAUAUGAUGGCCUUUAUUUUUGUUAUUUUUCUUUGAAAGUAGGCAGACAGGAAAUGGGGUGGAGAGAGGUGGGUGACAUGCAGCACAGGUCUCCGGGGUCGUGACUUAAACCCAGGAGGUCUGUAGGCUCCUUAUAUGUGUUGCGUUAUAUUGUAUUAUGGAUAGCUUCAGGCAAAAACUCACACAGAUGACCAGUUCCAUGGCUACUUAAUUAUAUUGAAGCUGCAGUGUCUACUUCCAUGGGAUGAGGACAUAGCAAGGGCUGAAUUCACUGCAUUUCUUAACAAAUCAGUCUCUUAUGUUAAGAAAUGGUUCAACUUUUCAGAAGACACCAUUGCUAAUGACGCAUUUUUAAGCUUUGAGUAUGACUAGUUGCUUUCUUGAUCUCCCUGUUAAAGAAAACAUUGGCAUAAAAUGAAACAUACCAGUGAUGCCUACGCCCUACCCCAUGAGAGACUGGCGACUCAGGCCGUAAAGGUCGUGGCCCCGAGAAGUUGUCCCUUAGGGUGUCCCUUAUUGUCAUCUCUGAAAGGUAGCAGCCCUACUCGGGUCAUACAUGUCUUGACGUUUGACUUAAGUGGAUAACCUGACUUUCAAAACAAUGACCUCUGCCAAUCACGUCAAAUAACAAAUUUUUUUAACCCAAUUGAAGUUUUAGUUGAUAGUAUUUUAAUAACCCUGUGUUAUAUUUUAUACUAGAGCACAUAAUGAACGUUCUAUUUUUAAUGCUGGACUGAGGUGAUUAUCAAGCUUCUGGAUAUUAUGGUUUGCAGUCAUCUCCUUGAAAUUCCAAUUAUGCUUCACACAUUCCUGCAUUCGUCCUCAUAGGUCCCAUUUUAUGGACUUGUCAACUGGCCCUUAUUAAGUGGGUGAAUGUUCAUAUUUUUGCACCUAAACAUCCAGGAAAGGAGGAGUACACCUGGCUCAUGUCAACAGCUCAGUGUUAAAGGUUAUUGCUUUUUCAACCCUUUUUCGUUAAUUUUGAACUGUAUAUGCGUGUGAGUGCAACCCCGCUCCUCUGCAAAUGAAGGCACAUUUCCCAUCCCUGCAAGCAUGUUGCCAAUGAACACCUCCCCCGUCCUUCGCACCAGACAGGCACCCAUUAAUCUGACGUGUUUUUUGCAUUUCCUGCACCAGACAGACACCGAGACAGAGGAAGAGAAGAAGCAGCCAGAGGUGUGAAGUUAGGGAGAAGUGGAUGAAACCAGGCGCCAGCUGCAGGAGUCCCACCCGCCACCACCCCCCAGGAUCCGCCCCGCCUCCACGCCCCUGCAGCGGUCGCCAGCAGCCGCUGUCUGCUCGCAGCGGUCCGGUGAACAUCCGCUGAUGAGUCCCGGCGGCUGCCAGGCAGGCAUCCGGAGCCUCUCACCCGCAUCACGGCGCGGUAACAGUGACACACGCCGCUCCGCUGCUUCCAGGGAGCUCCAGCUCAGCUGCAGAAGUUUUGUUUAAUUCCUCGAAGGUAAGAACAAUGACACAGCGGCUCACAUCUGGGGCCUCUGCUCGGAUGUUUUCUGCUAACUCGCGCUUGUUGACAGCCUUCUGAGGAAGCCUUCCCCGGGCAAACAGCCGCUUCUCCGGCAGUGUCGUCCACCUUCCAUCGCGGUGAAGAAUUUCUGGUACUUUGCUUAAGUGCUGACGUUUCAGAACUAGAACAUAAACAGGUUGAGUCACGAAGCCUCCAGAGAGCUUUCAGCGUCAUUUUAAACCAGAGGACCACCGGUUGAACAGCGUCUUUAUUAGGACGGAGAGCAGCUGAUUUCCUCGCUGUACUUUGGGAGAACAGUUCGGCAAUAACUGGCGCCAUGGUGGUCUUCAACGGGCAGCUGAAGAUCAAGAUCUGCGAGGCGCGGAACCUGAAGCCCACGGCUUGGUCCCUGCGUCACGCCGUGGGUCCGAAGACCCAGACCUUCCUCCUGGACACGUACAUCGCUCUGAACGUGGACGACUCGCGCGUGGGUCAGACCUCCACCAGGCAGAAGACCAACAGCCCCACGUGGAACGACGAGUUCACCACGGAGGUCAUCGAGGGCCGAAGGAUAGAGCUGUCCGUCUUCCACGACGCCCCAAUCGGCUACGACGACUUCGUGGCCAACUGCAUCAUCCAGUUUGAGGACAUCCUGCACAACGGCAGCAAGCGCUACGAGGACUGGAUUGAUCUGGAACCAGAGGGAAAAGUCUUUGUUGUUAUUGACCUAUUGGGAUCUUCCAGUGAAGAUGCAGGCUCCACUGACAAUGAGGAGCGGGUUUUCCGACAGCGAAUGCGACCCAGGAAACGGCAGGGGGCCGUCCGGCGAAGGGUUCACCAGGUCAACGGGCACAAGUUCAUGGCCACCUACCUGAGACAGCCCACCUACUGCUCUCACUGCAGGGACUUCAUCUGGGGCGUUUUAGGAAAGCAGGGCUACCAGUGUCAAGUUUGUACCUGCGUGGUCCAUAAACGCUGCCAUGAGCUCAUCAUUACUAAGUGCGCUGGAAUGAAGAAGCAGGAUGACACAGUCGGAGAGCAAGUCGGGUCUCAAAGGUUCAGCGUCAACGUACCACACAAGUUCAGCAUCCACAACUUUAAAGUUCUCACCUUCUGCGACCAUUGUGGCUCUCUGCUGUGGGGUCUGCUGCGACAGGGACUCCAGUGUAAAGUAUGUAAAGUAAACGUACACAGGCGGUGUGAGAGCAACGUUGCUCCAACGUGUGGCGUAGAUGCUAGAAGAAUUGCAACUGUGUUGUCAGAUCUCGGGUUGACACCAGAUAAGAUCUCCAACAGUGCCCAGAGGCGGAAAAAGCUCCCUCAGGCUCAGGAUCCUCAGCAGCCCCUAUCAGAGAUACCUCAGACAGAGGAGGACCGCUCAAGGUCUGCGCCCACCUCCCCAUGUGACCAAGAUGUGAAGGAGCUGGAGAACAUUCGGAAAGCUCUGUCCUUUGACCAUCGUGAAGAGGAGCACAAAACACACCCUCUUUCUUCCCUCACGUCAGUUGCCACAAUGAGAGGAGGAGGGGGAGGAGAAAGAGGGGUUGGGGAUGGAAAUGGCAUGAAGGAAGAGAGAAGCCAGGAGAACGGAGAGGUCAAAGGUCACAGUGCUCCUGAGGCAAAAAGGAUGAACCUGCACAACUUUUUGUUCAUAAAGGUUCUGGGGAAAGGAAGCUUUGGAAAGGUGAUGCUGGCCGAGCUGAAAGGCACCGAUGAGGUUUACGCUGUCAAAGUGCUGAAGAAAGACAUUAUCCAGCAGGACGACGAUGUGGACUGCACCAUGACUGAGAAAAGGAUCCUAGCGCUGGCUAGGAAACACCCUUACCUGACACAGCUCUUCUAUUGCUUCCAGACUAAAGACCGGUUGUUCUUCGUGAUGGAGUACGUGAACGGAGGCGACCUGAUGUUCCAGAUCCAGCGGUCGAGGAAGUUUGACGAGGCCCGCUCCCGUUUCUACGCCGCCGAGGUCACAUCUGCCCUGAUGUUCCUGCACCGCCACGGAGUCGUCUACAGAGACCUGAAGCUGGAUAACAUACUGCUGGAUGCAGAGGGUCACUGCAAACUGGCUGACUUUGGGAUGUGUAAGGAGGGAAUCCUGAACGGAGUCACUACCACCACCUUCUGUGGGACGCCAGACUACAUUGCACCAGAGAUCCUUCAGGAACUGGACUACGGUCCGUCAGUGGACUGGUGGGCUCUGGGGGUGCUGAUGUACGAGAUGAUGGCAGGACAGCCGCCGUUCGAAGCCGAUAACGAGGACGACCUAUUCGAGUCAAUCCUCCACGAUGAUGUUCUCUACCCUGUGUGGCUCAGCAAGGAAGCCGUGUCCAUCCUGAGAGCGUUCAUGACGAAGAGUCCUAACAAGCGCCUGGGCUGCGCGGUGGCCCAGGGUUCUGAGGAGGCCAUUAAGCUCCAUCCUUUCUUCAAAGAGAUCGACUGGACUCUGCUGGACCAACGGAAGGUCAAACCACCGUUUAAACCUCGCAUUAAAACCAAAAGGGAUGUCAAUAACUUUGACCAGGACUUUACACGUGAAGAACCUGUUCUGACUCCUGUGGACGAUAACAUCAUCAAGCAGAUCAACCAAGAUGAGUUUAAAGGAUUCUCCUACUUUGGAGAUGACGCCCCAGCUUAGAUCCGCUCCCUGAGGCACAAACAUAUAGAAAUGAAUCCCCCACACACAGAAAAAAACAUUUAAAGAAACACAAUCUCCUCCAGAUUCUGACUAUUCCAGGAAAUAUACCAGACCAUUUGUGUGUCUCAUUAUGGAUUGUGUGUUCUUGUUUGUCCACUCGUACAUACGAACUGUAACUGUAUGCUUCAGUAUCAUGUGAGUGCAGGUCAGCCUGGUAAUGUGUGUACCGGCAUGCAUGCAUCUUGAAAGAGACGCUCAUUCCUUCACAUAAUGUGAUGUAUCCUGUAUCUGCGUGUUUCUUCCCUGUCUAUGAAUGGCAAAAACUAUGAACAAGUGAUUGUAUUUAAAGGUAAAAAGUGCUUUAUUCCUGGUGAAAUAAGAUAAGGAAAGGCAGAACAAGACGUUUUGGAGGUUAUCUCUUGCUUUCUUAGUCAAAGCAGAAAGAUAAAUGUUAGAAAGAGGCACCACAGCAACAAUGUUUGUGUUGUUAAGAUUUAAUUUUAGUCCAUUAAUUUUAUUUCCAACAUAAACAGAGAGAAAGCAGAAAACUGGUGUUCCAGGUCUUAAUUAAGCUCUAAGUGGUACCAUGGGCUGCUGGCUAACUGACCUGAAGUAGCAUAACACUGGGAGCGUCCAUUGAGUCAAAUAAUCAGACAUACUGAGCUCUUGAAGAGGCCCUUUAAGAUUUUUUUCCUUUGGUAAGGAGCCAAUCUGAGCCACUGCCUGUGCUACGAACCAGGAUUAUUGGAAAUCUGCCUUCAGGUUUAUAAAGCUGCUUGUGCUUUUCUUAGCGAAGUGCACUGGCAUUGCAACUCAAACUAGGAAGAUAACUUACUUCAUAACAAUUUUGGUUUAGAGCUACAGAGAAGCAGUGAGUUCUGACCACUUUUUCAGCUGAGAGGAAUGUUUAUUUUCGGCGAAAGGUAUCCCAAAGCUUCUUGUGUAUCAUGAAAUACUUUGUUUUCUGCCAAAAAUCAUUGAGCAAUCAAAGUUCUCAGACUCCUGCAACCUCAGACUGUUCACCAAAAUCCAGUUACAUACAAUGCCAUUCAAACGUUUUCAUAGCACUUGGACCUUUUCACAGUUUGUCAUCAACUUUAACAGUUUUUUUUUUUUAAUGUUAUUUUAUCAUUUUUAUUACAUGUAGUAGAGCAGCAUAAAGUAGUGCAUAAUUGAAAAGUGGAAGGGAAAUGAAUCGUGGAUAACAAACAUUUUGACAAAUACGCCUGAGCCAUUACUGUGUAAAACCACCUUUUGCUGCAGUUACAGCUACACGUCUUUUAGGGUGUGUCUCUAUCAGCUUCGCACAUCUAGAGACUGAAAUGUUUGCCCAUUCUUUUUGCAAGAAAGCUCGGGGUCACUUAGUUUAGAUGGGGACCAACUGUAAACAUCAAAGCUUGACACAGAUUCUCAAUUAGAUUUAGGUUUUGACCUUGACUAGGACAAUUUUAACUCAAAAAUACCAUUUGAUCUAAAUCAUUCCAAUGCUAUUCUGGCUGUAUGUUUAGGAUUGUUAUCCUGCUGGAAGGUGAACCUCCGCUCCAUUUAAAGGCUUUUAAAGCACCAAACCAGUUUGGUUCCAGUACUGACCUGUACAGAUGCAUCCAUCAACUCUGAAUAGCUUCCCUCUUCCUUCACAUGUUUCACCCUGCUUGUGCCGUGUUAGGGGUGAAAUUCAGUUUUCCAUCCUUCUGAAGGUAAUUUGUUCUGCUGGAUUUUAUUUAGGGGUAUCUGAGUGAAGGGGGCCGAAUACAAUAGACACCACACCUUUCUGAGUUUUAUCCACUACUCUGGGUUGUUCUAUCACAAAAGACUACUUAAAUUCAGUGAAGUUUGCAGUUGCAACCUGACAAAAUAUGGAAAAGGUUCGAGUGGCAUGAGUACUUCUGCAAUACACAGACAUCUAGAUUCUAAAAUAUACUUAAAAAAUAGCGAAUAUCUGGUCUGUAUGACAUCUGAAAUAAACCUUGAUGCAUGCUGAUAUUAGCCAAACUAUGUUUGAUUUCACAUGUCUUUAUCAAGCAUUUGAAACAAUCAGGAUUGCUUUUAAAAGAAUAAAGUCCAAACUGUAAAACAGCAGCACACUAUUGGUAUUCACUGUUGAUUAUACAGUAUAUACCCAAUAAGACUGUUUUACUUUAAUAAUAACAUGUCUAGAAGGUUCAUCCAUUGUUACAUGGGCAAACUUUAACCAAAAAAUCUUCAUUUGCUUAUCAAGGUGGUGGUGAGGUGAAGACUCCAACAACAUUUGAAAAUAGACCCUGUAAUAUUAAGGCCACAAGCCAAAACGUGUUGGUCUGUUCAUAAAGCUGAUUCCUCAGUAUUUCAGUUGUAAGUCUUCACCUCUCCAGGACUUUGGUCUUCUUUAUGCACCUUGGAAGUCGGUGAAGCCAUUCCUGAAGAUUUUGGAUCUCUUAUCAAGAUGAUGAUAACAUUUCUGAACUGUUUAGCCAGAUAACCAAAGGAUUUGAUGAGUGUGCUUAUUCUGGUUUGUAGUCCAGGUCUCAGGUCAGCUCCUUUGAACAUUUUAAGACCACGAUUUCCAUAGGACACCUUUUUUUUUUUGAGCAGUGACUGUAAGCAGUUAAUCUACUGGACCUACACUGCCGAGCACCACAAACUAAACCAAGAUUCCUUGGUGGACCCUACUCAGAGGAGAGCAUAUGGGCUCACGUGACUGAAUAACAUGUGAAGCUGAAUGUAUUUGCUCUGCUGUGUGUGUGUGUGUGUGUGUGUGUGUGUGUGUGUGUGUGUGUGUUUACAUAUCCAAAGAGCUAUUGUUGUGUCUUUAUGUUUUAUUUAAAGCAUCUGUGUUUUCAUUGCUGUUCAGUUUUUACUGGAUUGUCUCCAUGUUGCUGUCUGUAGAGUUCAUGUGAUAGACUUCAGUGACACCCUCAUCUUCUGAGACCCUUCAUACCCACCUCAGAAGUUCCUUCAGAGGCUUUGCUUUAUGUUACAGGUCAGAAAAGAUCUAAAACUCCAUGUGCAAUACUCCACAGGAGAUUUUUCUUUUAGGCAAAUGUACUCGUUUUCUUGUAUUCUUUCCUUUCAUUCCCAUGCCUUGCUUUCAAGCCCUUACACAGAUAUACUUUCAGCUUCUAAUGAGGCAGAGAAGUAAGAAGGACUCCACAUAUUUCAACAUAGUCGUCAUAUUUCAGUCGGAAUCAUUGGAGAUAGCAUUUCAAUGCAAUUUUGUUUUUGCACUUAUCAUGAUUUCUCCAGCAAUUAAUACCCACUACUGGGCCUUGAUUUUUGUGCGUGUGAUGCAGAACAUUUGGGACCGCCACUACUGCAAGAAUUGAAGCGUAAAAACAAAGCAAAUUUGUAGUUUACUGACUUCUAACAUUGUGUAACUGACUACUGUGGACAUAAAUUUAUUUUUUUUAAAUGCUGCUGCUACAGUAGCAACACAUCUGGUGUGUAACAUCCAAAUGCUUCCCUAGAAGUUGUUUUAAAAGAAGCAGACAGUUCAGAUGAAAUUCCAGGUUUAAAGCAGGAAAGGUCUUGAAGGUUUGGGGUUAAAACAGGUGGGCUGGUUUGGCCCAGCUCUAGAGUGUUAUUUACAGACCCGAGUGAAAAAGGAAAUCACUGGUCUGUCUGAAAGACGAGGACACUCUACAGCCUUUAGAGUGCCUACUUUAUGUCAUUACUUUUUUUAAAACCACAAACUACAUUGUAUUUUUUUGGAGAUUUUACGUGAUGGACAAACAACACAGUGCAUAAAUUGGACACAAAAGGAUACAAGGUUUUCAUGAUUUUCUGCAAAAAAAAGUGGAAAUCGUUUUGUGCAUUUGUAUUUAGAUCCCCUGAGCCAAUAGUUUUGUGGAACCACCUUUCACUGUAAUUACAGCAACCAGCCCUUUGGGUCCUAUCUACAGACUGAACCUUAUGCCCAUUCCUCUUUGCAAAGUAGCUUCUGCUCAGACUAAAUGUGAACAUCCAUUUUUGCAUCAUACCACAGAUUCUCAAUUGGAUUUAGGUCCUGACUAUGACUGGGCCAUCCUAACACAUAACAUGCUUGAUUUAAAAUAUUCCAUUGUAGUUUUGGCUUUGUGUCAUUAGAGUCAUUGUCAAGUUCAAUUUUAUUGUUUUCCCAAAGAAACUUCGAUUAGCAGCUAUCACAACACAAUUAACCAUACAGCACAACAGAUUUCAGGAGGAUUACACCAAUAUUAAAAACUACUAUUCUCAGAUGCUGUUGAUACAUUUUAGUGCAUGGUGAACCGCAAACAUUGCACAUACUGUAUGUAAGUUCUUAGUUCUCCAAGGAUGACAUGAACAUCAAAGUUCAUUUCAGUUCAGGGACCUGAGAGGUAGUCUAGUCUGGGUAGUGCAGUCCUAGCCAGGUAGAUGAAGCUCAGUGGCUGCAGGAAUGAAAGAGACCCUGGCACACGGUGUUCUAAUGUUAGGUGUCCAAAGAUGGUGGCCAAGACGUCCUGCUGGAAUGUCAACCUCCUUCCAGAAAACCUUUGCAGCAUCUAGUUUAUUGUUUUUCAGCAAAAUCCAUCUUCUCAUGAACUCUGACCAGCGUCCCUGCUGAAGAAAAUCAUCCCCACACCAUGAUGCUGCCUCCACCCUUAAAGCGUUUCGGCUUGUGGCCUUCAUCAGUCAAACCGCUAACAGGAUUUCUUUCAACAAUAACCUUCUUCUGUCCACUCUUCAGGAAAGGACAGAUUUGUGAAGUGCAUGACUAAUAGUUGGGCUGUCGACAGAUUCUCUCACCUGAGCUGUGAGUCUCUGCAGCUCCUCCAGAGUUGGCUGCUUGUCUGAUUAAUGCUGUCCAUGAACAGCCAUGUCUUUAAUUUUCAGAUGAUGGAUGAAACAGUGCUCGAUGAGAUGUUCAAAGCUUAGGUUUAUUGUUGGCAUAAUGUUUUAUAACCUAACCCUGUUUCCGUCAUCCUUCCCUUGCAUCCUGCUGGUGGUGCCGUUUCCAAUCUGAUCAGAGCAGCUUCUGAGAGCACCUUUAGUAUCCACCCUUCAUUACUGUAGGGUGGAUGCUGUUUACUAAUCAGGUGGCUUCUAAGGACAAUUGGUUGUAUUGGGUUGUAUAUAAGGGUAUUAGAGUGAAGUAAAUACAAAUGCAAGCCACACUUUUCAGAUUUUUGAUUUUAAACAAUUUUGAAAACCAUUUAUCAUUGUUUUUCUACUACAGUUAGUCACUUCUCUGUGAUGGUCUAUCACAUAAAAUCCCGAUAAAUUACGUUAAAUUGUUUAGAUGUACAAAAUAUGAAAAAGGAUGAAUACUUUUGCAAGGCACGGUAAAACAGAUCACUUAUAAAACUUUAUGAAAUCACUGUGAAAAAAACAUUUAAAUAAUGUGCUUCAGUAGCUAAUUUGAUAUUUUAGCAAGGAAUAAACUGGAUCCACAUUUGGCCAAUCAGAAAACAUUUUAAAGUGACAGGGAAGCAUUUCUAAAAAAAACUGCGCACUGAUUCACAGUGUAAAGAAAGAUAAUUACUUUUUAAAUGGUGCAUGUGAAAAUUAAUAGCAGUUAAUGUUUGAACAAGCAGGAUAUGGACUGUUACAUCGAGCUGGGCUGGCUGGAUGAAUGGCUGGCAAAAGAACCUGUUGAGCAAACUGCAUUUAUCUCAACAUGUAAACAUUACAGUUUGGGAGACUUGUUACGUGACCUGCUAUUAUACUAUACCUAACAGGUAAGAACAUACAUGUAGCAGUACCCAUGAAGCCCGUUGUAGCGGUAGAAUAUGGAGCAGAUGUUUGAUGCAGCAGUUUUUAACUGACUUCAAACGCAAACUUUACAGAAAGCCGAGCAGACAGAAGAGAAUCAUAGCCACAUUUCUUCUGUCCAUCACUUUCAACUUCUCUUUUUCACCUCCUCUACAUCUCCCCCCUUUUCAUGUCUCCCUUUGCAGCUUUGUUUAGUUGGAAAUGUUAAAAUGUCAAGUUGUUUGUCCCACUACGCCCCAAAAAAGGACGUUGUGUCCCAGAGGUCUUCUGUGCCGAAUGCUGUUUCCAACAAAAACAUCCUUCGUGUAACAAGCUUCCAUGCACUGACUUUUUUCACAGCGGUAACCAACAGUGAAAACCAUGUCAGGUGUUAAAAUCGGUCUUCUUCAAAUACAGUGUUACUGUUUUCAUAUAUUCUGGGGUUUUUUGAAGUUCCUGUAUUUGUGAAGAUUUGACUGUACAUUCUGUAGUCAAACCUGUGGUUUUAUUUUGUUGUUUCCAUGCCCGUCAUGUUAGUUUAUAUUGGGUUUUGAGGUUGUUUUUUUUGUUGCGCUUUGUGCCAAAUGCACUGUAUUUUUAAAGGAUAUGAAGGUGUAUUUUAAUUUUUGAAAUGAAUUAAAUAUCAUGAUGUUGAAACAA